AUGAGGCUACUGUUCACCGCUCUGGGCGGCCUGCUCAUACCUCUGCAGUAUGCCGCAAUGGCCUUCGCCCAAGAGACUGCCGGAAAGGCUGCGUCCGAUCUCAAAUGCGUCAUGUAUCUCACCGGCCACAGCCAACACCCCAAUGUCCCCUCCAGAGAGCUUGUGUCUCACAUCACCCACGUGGAGCUGGCUUUCAUGAACUCGGACACCUUCAACAAGGACGUGGCCGAAUGGCCCCUCUUCACCACCGUUGAUAAGGUCCGCACACAGUUUAUGCCUGGCACAAAAGUAAUGGUCGCCAUUGGCGGCUGGAGCGACACCAAGGGCUUCGACACCGCCGCCCGUACCCCGGAGUCGCGGAGGAAGUGGGCCCAGAAUGUUGCCGACAUGGUGCUGACGGCAUUGAUAUGGAUUGGGAAUACCCUGGGUGAGCUUCAAUCACCCGACUACCUGGGGCUGCGGCCACUUCAAGGAACCACAGCAGAGACAAUCACUAACCCCCAGACCAGCGGCAAUGGCGAGGACUACAAGGUCAAGAACAGCACCAACGAGGACAAGAAGUGGGAGAUUGAGGCAUACCCCUUACUGCUUGAGGAGGUCCGCAGACAGCUCCCCAAGGGCAAACUCAUCUCGGCUGCAACUCCGGGUCUCGAGCGCGACAUGAUUGCUUUCACCAAGGAAACGGUCCCUCGUAUCGUCCGCAGCCUCGACUUUGUCAAUGUCAUGACCUACGAUAUGAUGAACCGUCGCGAUAAUGUGACCAAACAUCACACUGGCAUGGAACUGUCCAGAAUUGCCGUCGACAACUACAUGGCCCGAGGAGUCCCGGCUCACAAGAUCAAUCUCGGCUUUGCCUUUUAUACCAAGUGGUUCAAGACGACGGAUUGUCCAGAGGGCAAAGAGGUUGGAUGCCCGACACCCCUCAUGGAGGAUCCCGUCACGGGUGGAGAUCUGGGCCAGACGGGAGGCUUCAGCUGGAACGACGGGGUCCAAGAGGACGUGAAAGCUUCGUUCGAGAGAGCGCAAAAAGAGGGCAAGUAUGACAAGGAGGGCGGAGGCUACUACUACCUUGACAGGGCCGAGAAGCGGUUCUGGACAUACGAUACUCCCGACGCAAUCCUUCGCAAAUUCCCCGCCCUUGUCGACGACAAGAGACUCGGUGGCGUAUUCGCUUGGGGCCUGGGCGAGGACGGCCCCGAGUACAACAAUCUCAAGGCGGUCAACAAAGGCCUGGCGGAGCGCAGGGGAAGCUUCCCUUGGGGCCCUGGCCCUCACGAGGCUGAUGAGCUGUAG